AUGAAAUUUAAAAUAAUAUAUAUUUUAAUAUUUUUUUCUUUAUUUUUUAUAAAGAUUAAUUCACAAUUACCUCCAAACCCAACAGCUGUAAAAUUUGAGGUUUCAAAAUUGUUAUAUAUUUUUAAUAAAACUGAUUCAUAUUUUACAAAACUAGUUCUAUAUGAUUAUUUUUAUCCGAGAUAUGAAAUGGCACCAAAUUAUUUUAAUUGUACCAUUUCCAGGAAUGAUGAUAGAGUGUGCAUUUUCCAUUCGGAUGAACCAUUUUCAAGAUUAUGGGGUAGUUUAUAUAGUAGGGUUUAUUUUAGGGAAGUAUCUAGUGAUAAUGAGUAUAGUACUCAAUUGAUUCAGACAAAAUUUCCAGCUCCUUAUGAUGUGAGUUUUAGUAGAUAUCCACCAACAUCUGGUGGUGAUAUUGUAAUUAAUGGGACUUUUUUAAGGCUUGUUGGUGGUCCUUCUAGACUUUUACAUUCAAUCGAAAAUGUGGAACCAUUUGUUGUUAUGGGUAAUUUCUCUGAUCAAUCUUUCAAUUGUAAUAGUAUAAAAGUAACUAUUCCACCUGGUUCUGGAAAUUUUAAUUUCUAUUUUGAUGAUGAAAGAAUAUAUAAUGUUCCAUUUUCAUAUGCACCACCAAUAAUAUCAAGUACAAUAAAUGAAUUCUCAAGAUCUAUUAUUGUUAUAAAUGGUGAUAAUUUUUUCCAUGAUACUUCUUUGAUUAAAAUUUAUUUUGAUAAUAUACCACAACCAAAUCCUAAAAUUACAGUUAACCAUACUCAAAUUGAGGCGAGUUGUUAUCAUAUAACAGAUCCUGGUCCAUUGUCAAUUCAUAUAAAAGUUAAUGGUGUUUCAAGUGAAAAGAAUUCUUCCGUUUGUAUCCCAGCAAUAGUUAAAUCAAUUACAUCAGUGUCAAGUAAAAUUGGUGGUGUUGUAACAAUAGAGGGCUCAAAAUUAUUUUCAGUUUCAAAACCAAAUUUAAUUCCAAUAAUUGAAAUUGGUGGUAAAAGUUGUGUAUAUUUACAAUCAAUUGAAAAUACAUUAGUUUGUAAAUUAAAUCCUGAUAAAUCUGGAGGUAAAAAUUUGCCAAUAAUUGUUAAAUUUGAUGGUUGUAAUUCAAUAAUAAGUAAUGAUGUUACAUUUUCAUAUGAUAUCCCAACAAUAAUAAAUGCAAAAGUCUCCAAAGGUAUGGUUAUAGUUGAAGGUCAUAAUCUAGCUUCUUUAAAAGAAAAUUCAAUAAUAGAAGUAAAUAGCCAAUUUGGUGAUAUAAAAAUUGAAAUAAAACAAUUUCAAGUAUCGCCUGAUGAAUCGAAUCUAUCAUUUAAAUUACCACUUUUGAAAUGUAAAAAUUUUAAUGUUAAUAUCACAAUCGACGGUACCCCAUCCAUAUUACCAGUUCAAGCCCCAAUAAUGUCCAGUGUUAUUAAAAGACCAUCAUCAGUUAACGGAACAUUAAUUUUGGAAUUAUAUAAUACAAAAUGUAUAUUUUUUGAAUUAAUGAAAAUUCCAAAAAUAACAUAUGGUAAUACCCCAUCAAUGGAUUGUUCAGUCCCAUCAUUACAAACAUCAAAUUCAGAUUUCUAUAUAACAUCAUGUCCUGCUCCAUAUGGUACUGGAAUAGAUAAAAACUACACUCUACAUUUUAAUUCAGAAUCAUUUGAAAACAAAUACAGCUACGCACCACCAGUAAUACAAUAUCGUACAUUCUCUAAAGGUCAAGAGGAUUUAACAGUUCAUGGUAGUAACUUUGGAAAUUCUCUUUCCUUAAUAAAGGUUUUUUUUAAUGGUAGUGAUAUUUCAUCACAAAUUAGAUCAUUAAAUAAUAACCAAUUUUCAUUCAAAAAAUUAACUACAUAUGAAAAUGGAAUGAUAAAUAUUACAGUAGAUAGUAUUGAUAUGGAAUCUCCUUUUUAUAUAACAUUACCACCAAUUAUUUUUAGUAUUAAUAAUAAUAUUAGUUGCAAUGGUGUUAUUACCAUUAAUGGUAAAAAUUUAUUAACAAAAGAUAAAGAAUUCCAAGUAAAGGUAUUGGCAAAUGAACAAACUACCACAAAAAUAUAUUCAAGUGAAAAAUCAUUAUAUGUACAGAUUAAUUCUAAAAGAAGUCCCAUCAAUACUACUGCAUAUAUUGGGGAAUAUUUAAUAAUGUCAAAAAAUAUAGAAUUUUAUAAAAAAAAGAGUAUUUUUGAUUUUUAUUUUGAUAUAACUAAAGAUAAUUGUUGA